GUAUAGUCUGUGAUUCUAUUUGACAACGAUGACAUCUGUCAGAGGCUGACGCAUCACAAAAACCAUCGCCCAAAAUUUUAUCCAAAUACAAAAUAUGAAAGUAAAAACAAAUUGAGAAAACGUUUUUUAGAGUUAAAAAAUUCUCACCAUUAAAAUAUAUCGAUGACAUUUUAACCAGUCGAUAAUUUUUUAUGCGUUAAAAGUGAAAGUUUAAAAUAGAACUUUAAAAACGUGUUUGUUUUCCUCAACCGGUUCAAAGGAAUAAGAUGUGGAAAGCUGCUACUAAUGUGAAGGCACCAGAGCCUGCUGAAGCAGAUGAUUGGGAAACAGAUCCCGACUAUGUUAAUGAUGUGAGUGAACAGGAACAAAGAUGGGGGCCCGCCGGAAGGAAUGUUGAGGCAAUUGACAUGGCAAAAUUACGUGAAGAGGUAUUUGAAGCUGACAAAUUAGCCAAGAAGAAACAGUAUGAGGCUGGACCGAAACCUUCAUUUGGAUAUGGUGGCAAAUUCGGUGUCCAAGCUGACCGCAUGGAUAAAUCAGCCGUUGGACACGACUAUGUUGGCAAGACCGAGAAACACGUUUCGCAGAAAGAUUACGCUCAAGGUUUUGGUGGCAAGUUCGGGGUCCAAGCGGAUCGCAUGGAUAAGUCUGCGGUGGGGCACGACUACGUAGCCAAAGUAGAGAAGCACGUUUCGCAAACCGACUACGCGCAGGGCUUCGGAGGCAAGUUCGGCGUCCAAACCGACAGGGUCGACAAGAGCGCGGCGGGCUGGGAGCACCGCGAGCAGGUCGAGAAGCACCCGUCGCAGCGAGACUACGCGGUCGGGUUCGGGGGCAAGUUCGGGGUGCAGGCCGACCGCCAGGACGCCUCCGCGCUGGGCUGGGACCACAAGGAGGACGCGCAACAACAUCACUCGCAGAAAGACUACGCCAUCGGCUUCGGCGGGAAGUUCGGCGUGCAGACGGACCGACAGGACGCGUCGGCCGUCGGCUGGGACCACCAGGAGAAGACGCCCGCGCACGCCAGCCAGCUCGACCACAAGAAGGGCUUCGGCGGUAAGUUCGGCGUGCAGUCGGACCGCGUCGACAAGUCGGCGCACGCCUUCGGGGCCGCGGACAAGGUCGGCACCAACUACACGAGACCGAAGCCCGACAUCGGCGGGGCGAAGCCCUCGUCCAUACGGGCCAAGUUCGAAAACAUGGCCAAGGAAAAAGAAGAGGAGGCGCUGCAGUCGGUGCAGAGGAUCCGGCAGCAGAGGGAAAAGAUCGACAAGGACAUCUCGCUAAAGGAGAGAGAACGCGUAGCCAACAAACCCGAGUCUCCCGAACCUGAAGAGUUGCAGCCCACGCCGGACACACCGACCAGCGUACUGCGAGCCACUCCACACUCCGCAGAGGUCAAAGAAAGAGAAGUCAAGAAAGAGAUUGUCCAAGAGGAGAUCCCAAGAGAAGAGGCAGCAAGAGAGGAAGACAAUGUCACAGUUGGUAAUAAUGCAAGACAAGAAGCGAUUGUGAGGGAAGAGGAUGUGAAAGAAGAAACAAAGAACUUGCCCGAUGUCACCCUGGUGGGAGAAGCUAAGGAGGGGAAAGAAGAGAUGAACCGCCAGCCCACCAUUGUGGUGUCUCCGGUGGGGUGGGAGGGGGAGGACGAGGGCGGCGACGAGGAGGACGGCUACACCGCGAGGGCGCUGUACGACUACCAGGCCGCCGCGCCCGACGAGAUAUCUUUCGAUCCUGAUGACGUCAUCACCAACAUCGUCAUGAUCGACGAGGGUUGGUGGCAGGGAUUAUGUAAAGGCGCCUACGGUCUGUUCCCGGCUAACUACGUACAGUUACAAGAUAAAUAGAAAUAAAAUAAAAUAAAAAAUACAUUCCAAAAUCAACGUUGAAUAUAUGAAAAUAUAGAAAAUUAUAGGACGAACCAAAAGUACCGUCGAAACAUGAUCUAAAUAUUUUUCCUAUAAUUCAAAUUGAAAUUAUCAAUUUUAAACCAUAAGACAAGCGAUGUUAUUUACUGAAAAUGACCUUUCAUUGUUUUAAGUGUGUACAGUUGUAUCUAAUACAUAUGUCUAUAAGUAGAGACUACUCACGCGCCAUCUGACGCGUAAUUAAAUAAUGUUUCUUAAAAAAAACGCGACAAUAUUGUUUUUGCAAACAGUACUAUUAUUUUCAGACGUUCUAAUGUAUGUAGACUUAUAAAUUCGUGACUGAUCAUUACAUAGAAAGUGUAAUAUUUUUUUUAAAUAAAAUAAUCAAUGUAACAAGUCUUCCCGUGGGCUCUCAUGCGAAAUAUAGUAUUUCAGAAGAGAGGUUUAUUUCUUUUAUUCUGUAAGAUAGCAUGUGCAUCUCCAAACUGACUUGAUGGUAAGUGUGUGCAUCGGUAGCGGCAGGAACAUUCGCUAUGUCGAUUUCUGCUUCGCUCGAUUGUAUCAUGCAAUGUUUAAUACGCUUUUAUUAGCUUCAGACGUAUGUAUGUAUGUAACGAAAUCUUUGAACAUUAUUUUGACCCCCUUCAAAACGUCGGAUUAACUCGAAAUUUGGUAUACUUAUUAAGGACCGGUGACAAUUCAAUAUUAAAAAUACAGUCAAUAUAAAAAAUACAAAAAUACAAUUUAUUAUAAAAACAGCGUGGUGUGCAUGGUAUCAGUAGUUAUAAAUAUUUUAUGAACAGAUAUGAGUAGAAGGGAUAUUUUGAUAAUAUCCUGAAAAGCAUCCCACGCUUUUUUUACAAUACCAUCAUUUUUUCUUGCACUAUUUUUAAUUCAAAUUUAUUAAAAUUUAUUUUCUAUUUUUUAGUUGAAUUUUCAAAAUAGCGUAUUUUGUUAGUUUUUUUUAAACUAUUAUUUAUUACUUAAGCUUUUUUUUCGACAUCGCAAAAUCGGGUCACAAAACAUCGAUACUAUCGGCAGAUUUAUCGAUAAACUCGAGCUGAAUCGACUUUAAUCGAUUGUUUGUUAUUCGAUAUUAUUCCGGCACUGCUCGGAUAAUCUACACGACUUGCAGAAGCGAAUCGAUACAGGAUUCUUAAAAUGAUUUAAUAAAUCAUGAGACUCUAUAGUUACGUAUACAAGAAUGUUAUUCCAUUGCCUACAAAAAGUAGAUGAUAUUGUUUUAAGUGAAAAUUGUAUUAUUUUAAUUAAAAGUUUUUAAAUAAAAAUAUAUUUUUUGAAUUUA